AUUCAAUAGAGAAGUAGACGCCAACAGAAACUGUGGGAGCAGACUCAGACGAGUGAAAGACCUUCAAAAGCGCUUAAAUAGGCAGAAAAGACAUUGGCUGCAAUGUCAUCUCUCUGACGGGGAACCUUACUUUCAUCUUCUGUUACUUCUCAGCAAAAGUUGGCCAACUGUUGGAUUCACAUGGUGAGAUCAAGAAAAUCUCUUCAAAUCAGUAUGAGUUGAAAGAGUUUCUCAACCUGCCAUGAAACCUCAUCUCUGAAUUCAAACAUGCGUAGCGCCAACAACAACAAUGCAUUUGGGACGCAGUCAACAAUCCAGACUUCCGCAAGGCAGCGAGCAUCGCAGAAGAAACAGAAGAUUGGUCAGGACUCCGGAGAACGGUCUAAGAACCAGUUGACCCAAGGUUCUAGAGCCAGUGAUAAUGCCGGGACGUGCUUGCCUUUGGACUCUUCUGUCCCAGUUCCUGCGCUGUCCUUCCUCACCUCCGCAUUUCUUGUUGCGUUGUUAAGCAUCGGGACUUACUGGAACAGUCGCAAGGGUGACUUUGUCUUUGAUGACCUUGAGGCGAUCAUCAAGAACCAGGAUGUGAAGCCGGAGACACUGCUCUGGAAGCUUUUCAAGCACGACUUCUGGGGCCGGGACAUCGAGCUGAAGGAGAGCCAUAAGUCCUACAGGCCUCUCACUGUUCUCACUUUCAGGAUCAACUAUUACCUAGCUGGAGGUCUUCAUCCAUGGGGCUUCCAUCUUGUGAACAUAUUCCUCAAUGCCGCUGUGAGUGUGUUGGUCUUGCCUGUGUCCUCCACACUUCUUGCAGUGGUGACAGAUGCUGGAAAAGGGGUUGAUGGACGAUUCAUGGAAUGUCCAGGAGCCAGCUUCUUGUGUGCAAUACUCUUUGCUGUUCAUCCGAUUCAUACUGAAAAUGUUGCUGGUGUGGUUGGACGAGCAGAUCUUUUAUGUGCCUUGUUUUUCUUCAUGUCUUUCCUUGCGUAUUCAAAUGUUUGCAAAAAUGAUUCUUCUUGCCUCAAUUCAUCUCAUCUGUAUUCAAUUUUUGGUCUUGUACCCAGCAUGGUAUUGUGUGCACUGGCAAUGCUCUGCAAAGAGCAGGGCAUUACAGUUAUAGGAAUCUGUAGUGUGUAUGACAUCAUCAUCAACUGCGGUAUUGACCCAAUCUUAGCAUUAUCUACCACCUACGCAACUCUAAAGCGCCAUCAUGUGUUGCCAUCUAUUCGGCUUGUCUUCUGUUCUCCGGAAUUAAGAUGGCUGAGAAAAUUACUACUCAGACACAUUAUUCUUGUCACUACAGCUGUUGUACUUUUAUUAACCAGAUUUUUCAUCAUGGGGAGUGGGAUUCCGUCCUUUCAACAAGUUGAUAAUCCAGCUUCAUUUCUUGAUAGUAUCUGGAUAAGGAUGAUCAAUUACAGCUACAUCUACUCCUUGAAUGCCUGGCUUCUUUUUAAUCCAUGGUGGUUGUGUUUUGAUUGGUCAAUGGGUUGCAUUCCUGUAAUCCAAACACCCCUUGAUCCUAGAGUGGUUGCUCCCAUUGUCUUCUGGAUAACAAUGGGUGCCAUUUUGCUUUAUUGUUUAUUUGGACCAGACCAUUAUGAAAGAAGAGUUCUGACUGUUUCCAUAUCUGCAGUGAUCAUUCCUUUCCUCCCAGCAUCUAAUAUCUUCUUCAGGGUGGGGUUUGUCAUUGCUGAACGUGUCCUCUACCUACCGAGUCUGGGAUUCUGUUUACUAGUUGUCAUGGGAACCAGACAUCUUUGUGUGAAUGCAACCCCUAUCAUGAAGAGAGCUAUCCAAGGUCUUCUCUUGACUUUGUUUGUCUGUCAUGUGACCUGCUGUUACCAUAGAAACAAUGAAUGGUUGACCGAGAGACAGCUCUACCAGUCUGGGCUCAGAGUAUGUCCUGGAAAUGCUAAGGUUCACUACAACAUUGGCAAGAGUGCAGCAGAUGCAGGUCAUACACAAGAAGCUAUUGAUGCAUACAGAGAGGCCAUAAGGCUUCAUCCCGAUUACGACCAAGCUCUGAACAAUCUGGGUAACAUCUUAAGAGAUUUGAAUCAGACAGAAGAAGCGUACACCCUCAUUUCAAAAGCUGUCCACAUCAGACCAACCUUUGCUGCUGCCUGGAUGAACCAUGGCAUUGUCCAAGCGACCUUGAAGAAAUAUCAGGAGGCAGAAGUCAGCUAUCUGACGGCUCUCAAACAUCGAAAACAUUAUCCUGAUUGCUACUUCAACUUGGGAAAUUUGUACUUAGUACUAGGCCGCACCGACCAGGCUAUAUCUGCAUGGCUGAAUGCUACAUCAUUGCUUAACACACACGCUGAAGCCUGGAGUAACACUCUGCUACUUCUUGAUAACCUAGUAUUUAUUCCCACAUGGAUGUGUGCAUGCUCUCCAUAUUUAGCCAGCAGAGUAUAUUCUUUGAUAAUGAUAAUGUUACAACCACAGUAUUUAGAAACGAAGCAGUGGAUGCUAGCAGUGAAGGGAUGGGAGAGUGCUAUCACUCACAAACUAGAUCAUUCCCGGGCUUGGUCCAACAUUCUGACAUUGUAUGAUGAUCUGGGUCAAUAUAACACUGCUGUAUCAGUAGGACAGGAAGCCUUGAGGCAUGUCAAAGAUGAUCCUCAAAUCUACUACGCUAUUGGCAAUGUAUUAGGCAAGAUGGAAAGAUAUAAGGAAGCGGAGGAGAUGUACCUUCAAGCCAUCCACUACAAACCGGAUGUUGCUCGUUACCAUGGCAACCUUGGUGUUCUUUAUCACCGAUGGGGAAAGCUAGAGGAGGCCUACCAUCAGUACCAGAGGUCGCUGACCCUUGACCCCUCUUCAGAGGUCAUGGAAGAUAAUUUGAGAAAGCUUGGGAGGAAGUUGAAAAAGGGAUGAAUCGUGUUAAUUUCCCAAAUUCAGAUCAGUUUCCUCGAGCGAAGGGUUUGUACAGCAAACUCAGUGUGAAUGUUAUGACAUUGUUUGUUAGGAUGUGAAGAAAGAAUAUAUUUGCUCAGAAAUAUUUGAUUAUGAAAUGUUAAAUGAUGUCCACAGAAUAUUGGUUUGCAAGUGAAACACACACACAGAACUAUUUAUUACCUUUAAUAAAGUAAGAUACUGGAGAUAAAUAUAAUAGAACACAUAUUUACACAGAAAAUAUAUUGGCUUGUAUGUGAUGAUGUUUUGAGCUAUUUGAGAGUAGAAACAACUAGUAUUCUCUGUCUACACUGAUCUGUUAUAAUUGUAGACAUAUGAUGUGGUUUGUUAUUGGCAAGAAUCAUGGGCGGAAAUCCCAGGGGGGACACGGGGGUCACGUCCCCCCCUACCCAAAAUAGUAGAGGGGACACAAUAUCAAAUGUCCCCCCCCCCCCACUAAUUUUGGUCUUUCAUGAUGGAGCAGAAUACAUAAUUUCACAAUCGAAAUAAUGCAUGUAUUUUGGACUAAAUGACCUAUUUUGGGCGAAAGCCUUUUUUUUUCUUGUCAAAUUGUUUUGAUUAAAAUCACCUUUCAUUGUUGGGUGAUUAC